AACGAUCACAAGACUUCAUUGUUCAAUGUAAACUGCUUCAAGGGUCACAGCUCACUUGUUGUUGACGACAUCAUGGACCUUACAACUUUGUUUUACAAUCUUCGUGAAGAAGUGUCUUUUUCGGUGUGUUCGGACUUAUUUACGGAUCCUAAACACCUCUCCUGUCUGCACAGUUUCUGCUUAAAGUGUUUGAAACGAUGGUACGAAACGUGCGGGGGCGGAGACGCCAUUAGAUGUCCGAAGUGCCAAACCUUCAGUCAAGUUCCCGCAAGCGGUGAUCUUAAAGAUCUUCCAACCAGCUUUUACCUUAACGGCUUGAUCGAUGUUCUCGCCAUUAAAGAAUGCAGCAAGACUCAAGUGACAUGCGGAAACUGCGACAAGAAGAGCUCAGAAGCUUCGUAUUGUUUCCAGUGUUGCAUAUUUUAUUGCGAAGAAUGCUUACUCGGUCAUAACAUCAUGCGAGACAAGAAGGAACACCGCGUUUUGGACGUGAAAGAGUUCCAAGACAGGGACUAUGAAGAUGUGUUAAAGCGACCAGUAUUUUGUGCAAGACAAGGACACCAGAAAGAAGAGCUGAAAUUAUUUUGCAAGGAAUGUGAUACGGCAGUUUGCCAAACUUGCGUCAUGCUAGAUCACAAAGUUCAUAAGUUAACGCUGAUCGAGGAAGAAGCUGCGAAUCAAAGACUCGAGAUAAAAACUGUUAUCGAAACACAACGACACAACUUAAACGAAAAACUGAACGUUGUCACUAAGCUAGACGAAGAUUAUGCUAAAGUGAUUCAACAGAACGAAACUUUGAAGGGCGAUGUCCAAAGGUCUGCUGAUGGGUUGAUAAAAACAAUUCAAGCAAAAAUGCAAAAUGUUAUUGACGCGAUGGAAAACCAAACGAAGAAAUCUCUUGAAAGAUUAACAGCAAAAAGAGGUGAGAUUCACCAACAGAUAAAUGUUAUUAAAUCAUCGCUGGAGGAAGCUGAUAAACUUCUAAAACGAAGCACCACCACGGAAGUCGUUCAGCUUAAAAAAACACUGCAAACAAUCUUUCAGCGAGUGGAUGAGACAGAGCCUUUUGUUCAUGACCCCAGCAGUCUGAAAGAGUUUGUUUUCGUAGAAAAUCAGAAGAUGAUUGAUGUCGUCAACGGUGAAGAAAUUGGAUUCUUGAAAGAACGGUACCGAACAAAAGCAAAAGAAUCACUGGCUGAUGGUGAAGGACUGAAAGAAGGAACUGUAGCACGUAAAGCUCAAUUCAAUUUGAUCACAAGAAACGCAGAGAGAAAGCAGGGGAAAGAUGAGAAGGACCGUGUCACGGUAGAGUUUAAGGACGAGCAAGGACAAGAAUGCGUGACGGAAGUAAGAAUAGAUGAUAACAAAGAUGGAAUCUACAACAUCAGUUAUUUUCCCAGAGUUCAGGGGACAAUAAAGUUAUUAGUUAAGGUAAACGGGGAACAUAUUUCUUGUAGUCCUUUUGCAGUGAUUGUAAAACCAUUUCAACUCAAAUCUGUUUUAUGUAUUGGAAAGAAAGGCUGUGGUGAAGGACUGUUAAAUGAACCUAUGGGGGUGGCAGUGACUGCUAAAGAUGAAGUAGUAGUAGCUGACAACCAGAACCAUCGGGUUCAAGUGUUUGAAAGUAAUGGUACUUUCUUAAGAUCCUUUGGUCAUAAAGGUGAAAAUGCUGGAGAGUUUAAGAAUCCUACAGGAAUUGCCAUUAAUAAGAAUAGAAAUAUUCUUGUAUCAGAGUAUAUUAACCAUAGGGUACAGAUCUUAAGUUGGGAGGGGAGGCAUCUGGGUUCAUUUGGCGGCAAAGGAAACCUUGAUAAUCAGCUCCUUAACCCUUAUGGUUUAUCCUUAGAUAGUACUGAUAAUAUUAUUGUUGCUGAUACAGGUAACCAACUGAUUAAGAUCUUUACCUUGGAUGGAAAGUUUGUAAUGAAGAUAGGUGGGCAGGGUGCUUUUAGUUUUCCUGUUCACUGUGUUCAGUGUGGUGAAUAUUUUAUAGUGUCAGACUUAGGUGAACAUUGUAUCAAAGUAUUUAACAGGGAGGGACAUUUUCAGUACAAGUUUGGUAAGCAUGGGAAAGGGGACGGGGAGUUAAAUGAUCCACGUUUUCUGUCAGUGACUCAGUCAAAGCACCUGUUGGUUUGUGAUCAAGGUAAUCAUAGAAUACAAGUCUUUGAACUGGAUGGGAAGUUUGUUGGAAAAUUCGGUAAAAAUGGCAGCAAAUUAGGAGAAUUUAAUAAUCCAUUCUCAGUAGCUGUUCUAAGUAAUGACCAAAUUGUGGUGUCUGAUCGCAAACAUAAUCGAAUUGAAAUAUUUGAAUGACAUCUUACCAGUUUUCUCAAGAAUUAUGACAAGCAUCACCAGUAGUCUUGUUCUUAUUUCUAAGUGUAGUAGGAUUACGACAUUACAAUCGUUAUUUUUCAAUUUCUUAGAAUCAAACGUUUUGUUAAGGUGCCUAUCACUUAAAAUGUUUUAUUUUCCUAUCUGAAACUACAACUUAUUAACAUAACUUCUGCGAAAAAAUUUUGCGAUUUGAACCAAAGACGAUUUUUUUAUAAUUUUUUAAAAACGUUCAAAUUUGCCGCCAUUUUGGCACACCAUUCGACUUAGUCUUCUUUCGGGGUAUGACGUACUUUAAGGAACACGUGACUUUAUCGACAGGAAAACAUUAAAAGUUCUGGUAGGUUUUUCUGUUUCAGAAAAACUUUCUUCUUGCGAAGACAUUGUGAUUCAAUCCUUACUUGUAAUUGAUCUUUUUUGUGUACAGCUGGUGAAGGAAAGGUAAUGCGAGUUCCUUAAUUUACGUCACAUGACGUCAUGUAUGAGUCUGCUAGUUUGCGUGAUCAGCGGCGCGGGUGUACCGCAAAAAUGUGGACUUCAAAAAUUGGUUAAAAAAUCGCGUUUUGUUGAAAUGGCAAAAUUUUUUCCAGAAGUUAUUUUAAUAAGGUAUAGUUUCAGAUAAGAAAAUAUAAAAUUUUCGGUGAUGGGCACUUUAAGUUUAGGUCAGUUUAUGAAUUGUUUUCUUGUAAGCAAGACAAUCAGGGUUUUCUCGCAUUCGCAUAUCAAUUAUCGCCCUUAGCGAAGGAUUACGAUGUACUUACUCGUUUUCACGUGUCCCAAGCACUGUCCUUACGCUUUGCGCUUUGCGCAUGGUAUCUCGGGAAGGAAGCUCUGUCACCAAUCACUCCACGCCUUGCGUUUUGCAUCCUUCCCAUGACGCUUGGCUCCGCAAAAUGAGCCGAACACGAAUUCAAGUAUAUUCUGUAACCAAAUAUAGACCCCAUCUUUGUCAUUGUUGGGAAAAUUUUAUUUUCACUAUCCCAUUUAGGUAACUUUCUGUUUAGGCAUCUACCUUUUAAAGCCUUUUAACUACAGUAGGUCAACCUGAAAUGAAUUGACACAUUGGUUUAACCCUUUAAGCCCUAAGAGUGAUCAGCGUCAAAUUUCUCCUUGUAAUAUCACUGCUUUAUAAAACGCAGUGGUUAUGAGAAUUGAGGACCUGACCACACAAGAUGAAUCUAAUUGAUACUUCAACAAAUUCUGCCCACUGCUUCUAUUGAAAACAUAUAGGGACAACAAAUGAGAAUUUGAAUUUUGAUAUUAGGGUCUAAAGGGUUAACUUAUGUAGAAACGUAUAACAAUAUAGAUAAGCGUAGCCACUCUGUAAUAGAAAAAAGGUCGGGAAAUAAAUAUUUUACCUCUUAAGUAACUCUAUGUGAUAUGCAGUUAUUUGUCUAAUCAUUCCACUUCAGAGAUAUUAAAUAUAAGUAAUCCAUUCUACCAUGCUUGGAACCUGACAAUGCCCAACAAUAAUGCAAAUCGCUUACUUUCCAAGCGCUAGCUAGUAAUUGUACAACUCUUUAUGUUUCAAUUUAUUCUUUAAGGCAAUCUAUUUUUCUUUUCGUUUGCAGUCGUUCCCGUAUUUCUGCUUUGGCUCGGUAGGUUGAUGUAAAAAAAAUAGUUGAGAUCAAAAUUCAUGAAAAACAGACUGGAAGUAGGAAAGGUAGACUGAGGUGUUUUUAAAAAAGAUUAGCUCCUUUUGAGUGCGUCCUGCGAUUAAUUAUCUCAUUUAAUACAUCGUUUUCCUUAAGCGUUGCACGUUGAAAGCAAUCUAAAUUGUUGAACUCUUCUUUGGUACGAGAAGUGCAAUGAAAGCGCUCUAGGCCUGAUCCAUUUUUUGCGGAUUUUCACAAGAUGGUAAGUGCUUUCGUGACAUUGUAAAGGUUGUUUUUCACUGACGUAGGAGUCCUAGAGAGGGGGAGAGGGUACUCCCUUUAACGGCCUAUACGUGGAGGCUCCGCCCGAAAGGGGGUACCUUUUGUAGACUUAAGUCCAAAAGGGUGGGGAUUUCACUAGUUGUAGUAUAUGAAAGGGUAGGGAAAGCUGUUCGGUCCGUAAAAGGACCUAAAAGGGUUGACAGAAGGAUUUUGCGGCUGUGGGGGAGACAAGAAAACUUCCUGGUUUAGUGAGUGCUCCCCUCCUCCUGUCGGAGGUUAGAGUAGCAAUCGGAGAAUGUUAGUUAUUGUGAAAGAAUAAAGUAGCUGUACUUAAUUAGAGAGCGAGAAUUUUCUGUCUCUGUUGGUUUUUUGUGAACGUCAACGUUCCUGGAAACGUUUGAGCUGGCCUCCUUAACCCUUUAAGGUGGCUCGAUACAGUUUUUCAGGGCCAAUACCUCCCAAGUUUGAGCAUAAACUACGUCGCCAUAAACAAAGUUUUGGAAAAAUUGCCACCACAGUUGUAUUAGAUAAAGAUGAAAAUUUGUUAUGAUCAGGUUUGCAACGGCAUCGGAGUUGUCGUAGCAACGAAAUGACGCUAUUACCUAUUUUACUUGCAGCAGUGUAUCUCGGCACUGAGAACUGUUCUUUCAAAAUCGUUCACGAGAGCUUUUUCCUCCAAUAGCAGCCUCGAUGUUCGUGAAGUUUAAGCGAAAUCUGUAAGAGCGUUAUCGAGAUAUUUUGGGAUGAAGUUUUCAUGAUUAGAAACACAGUAAAAAAUGGACAAUAUUGUUGUUUGGCCGUUAUCUGUAGAAAAUGAAGCUCUUUUGACAUGCAAUUUCACCUGAUAGUAGUUUCAAUAUUUUUAAAAACGUGUGUGAAGGAUCAUGGAGAUAGCUCCAGCCGAUUGCUAUAGAGAAGGGUUUUAUUAGUAUGUAUCGAAGCGCUCUUGUUAGCAGUUUUGUAAGCAUUUUGGUCUUUUUUAAAAAAUUAGCGAAUAAUUUUUAAACCGCUCCACUAUGACCUUUUAGUUUCAAGAUUAUUGAUACAUUGUAAGGCAGUAAAAUAAGGGCUACAACUCGUUACUUUUUUAUCGGAAUUUCGUUAUUACAAGUGAAAGCCACUCAUUAUUCAAGGCAUUGUCUCCAAGUUUCAUUUUCACGUGAACAACAGUAACUAACAAUGCAUUUGACAUAUGCAAAAAUGCUAGCUAUUGUUAUGCGCGAAAAUAUGAAACUUGGAGACAAUACCCUGAAUAAUGAGAGGCUCACAUUUGUAAACACAAAAUUUCUGCCAAAAUAUUGGCGAAUUGUAGCCCUUAUUUUACUACCUUACAAUAUAUCAAUAAUCUUGAAACUAAAGGGUCAUAUAAAAGGAAGGUUAAUCUCAAGAAUCUUAUUUUUUUUAAAAAAAUCUAUCGAGUGGUUUAAAAAUUAUUCGCUAAUUUGUUAAAGUAGACCAAAAUGUUCAAAAACCGCUAACAAAAGCGCCUCGAUACAUACUAAUCAAAUCCUUCUUUCUAGCAAUCGGCUGGAGCUAUCUCCACGGUCUUUCACACACGUUUUUAAAAAGAUUGAAACUACUCUCAGGUGAAAUUGUAUGUCAAAAGCGCUUCAUUUUCUACAGAUAACAGCCGAACAUCAAGAUUAUCUAUUUUUUACCGUAUGCCUAACCACAAAAUCUUGAUCCCAAAAUAUCUCGAUAACGCUCUUACAGAUUUCGCUUAAACUUCACGAACAUCGAGGCGGCUAUUGGAGGAAAAAGCUCCCGUGAAUAAUUUUGGAAGAACAGUUCUCAGUGCCGAGAAUUACUUCUGUAAGUUUAAAUAGGUAAUAGCGUCAUUUCGUUGCUAUGACAACUCUGAUGUUAUUGCAACCCUGAUCAUAAAAGAUUUUCAUCUUUAUCUAAUACAACUGUGGGGGCAAUUUUUCCAAAACUUUGUUUAUGGCGACGUAGUUUAUGCUCAAACUUGGGAGGUAUUGGCCUUGAAAAACUGUAUCGAGCCACCUUAAACCCCAAUAUCCACAUACAAAUCCUCCAAACUGGUCUCUAUACAUUUUCAUAUUGAAUACGUUGAGAGAAUUUGGAAGAAGACGAAAGCAUUAGCCUGUCCCUUUGGUGCUUUUUUCAUUAAUUCUCACAACCUUAUCUCAUGAUUGUGUACUGAUAUUGUUUAGAGAAAUUUGAUGUUUGUAACUUUUGGGACUGAAAGGGUUAAUGUCUUUCACAAAUCGAUAUAUUGUUUCUGUUCCCUUUAUCAUGCUUACUACUCACAAAUUACUAGACAACGCGCAGUAUUAACAUUCAAAUUUCAUCUUUUAAAGCUGUGGUUUCACGCUCUGAUCGUGCUUUACAAGGGCUUCACAGAUUUCACUUUGUUAUUAACCAUUGUUUUGUAUUCAGGUUUUAAAAUGAUUGUCAUUUACGGUACUCACGCGCUGAAGCUGGCCCGACAGGGUGGGCCUCUAACAACAGCGUUCCGUGAUUGGUUCCUUAGAAGAUAAAAAGCUGCAAGGCUUGAUUGAAUGGUGCAUAUUUGCUACUCAGCUCAUAAUGUAUCUGAAGUAAGUCUAAUUGUGACUGGAUCUUACAAUUAUUUUCAAUCCUACCAAGAGACUUUCUGUUUAAAUUUGAAAUAUCAUCCAGUUCACGCAUUUUAUCGCAGUGAUCUUAACUCGGGGGAUUUCAUUUCUGGGAGUCAUAAACCACGAAAACAAUAACAACCCUCUCACAACGAGGCUCUUUGAUUAGUUCAUUCUCUUUUGAGAUUCCGAAACGCUAAACAUAAAGACAAUCACAAGACUUCAUUGUUCAGUGUGAACUGCUUCAAGGGUCACGGCUCACUUGUGGUUGACGACAUCAUGGACCUAACAACUUUGUUUCACAAUCUUCGUGAAGAAGUGUCAUGCUCAGUGUGUUCGGACUUAUUCACAGAUCCUAAACAACUCUCCUGUCUGCACAGUUUCUGCUUAAAGUGUUUGAAAGGAUGGUACCAAACGUGCGGGGGCGGAGACGCCAUUAGAUGUCCGAAGUGCCAAACCUUCUGCCAAGUUCCCGCAAGCUGUGAUCUUAAAGAUCUUCCAACCAGCUUUUAUUUAAACGGCUUGAUAGAUGUUCUUGCCAUUAAAGAAUGCAAAAACACUCAGGUGACAUGCGGAAACUGCGACAAGAAGAGCUCAGAAGCUUCGUAUUGUUUCCAGUGUUGCAUAUUUUAUUGCGAAGAAUGCUUACUCGGUCAUAACAUCAUGCGAGACAAGAAGGAACACCGCGUUUUGGCCGUAAAAGAGUUCCAAGACAGGGACUAUCAAGAUGUGUUAAAGCGACCAGUAUUUUGUUCAAGACAAGGACACCAGAAAGAGGAGCUGAAAUUAUUUUGCAAGGAAUGUGAGACGGCAGUUUGCCAAACUUGCGUCUUGCUAGAUCACAAAGUUCAUAAGUUAACGCUGAUCGAGGAAGAAGCUGCGAAUCAAAGACUCGAGAUAAAAACUGCUAUCGAAACACAACGACACAACUUAAACGAAAAACUGAACGUUGUCACUAAGCUAGAUGAAGAUUAUGCUAAAGUGAUUCAACGGAACGAAACUUUGAAGGGCGAUGUCCAAAGGUUUGUUUACGGGUUGAUAAAAACAAUUAAAGCAAAAAUGCAAAAUGUUAUGGACGCGAUGGAAAACCAAACGAAGAAGUCACUUGAAAGAUUAACAGCAAAAAGAGGUGAGAUUCAGCAACAGAUAAAUGUUAUUAAAUCAUCGCUGGAGCAAGCUGAUAAACUUCUAAAACGAAGCACCACCACGGAAGUCGUUCAGCUUAAAAAAACACUGCAAACAAUCUUUCAGAGAGUGGAUGAGACAGAGCCUUUUGUUCAUGACCGCAGCAGUCUGAAAGCGUUUGUUUUCGUAGAAAAUCAGAAGAUGCUUGAUGUCGUCAACGGCGAAGAAAUUGGAUUCUUGGAAGAAGGUUACCGAACAAAAGCAAGCAAAUCUCUGGCUGAAGGUGAAGGAAAGAAAGAAGGAACUGUUGGGCGUAAAGCUCAAUUCAAUUUGAUCACAAGAAACGCAGUGAGAAAAAAGGUGUAUAAUGAAGAGGACCGUGUGACGGUAGAGAUCAAGGACGAGCAUGAACAAGAAUGCGUGACGGAAUUAAGAAUAGAUGAUAACAAGGAUGGAAUCUACAACAUCAGUUAUUUUCCCAGCGUUCAAAGGACAAUAAAGUUAUUAGUUAAGGUAAACGGGGAACAUGUUUCUUGUAGUCCUUUUGCUGUGACUGUAAAACCGUUUCAAGUCAAACCUGUUUUAUCUUUUGGAAAGAAAGGCUCGGGUGAAGGAAUGUUUAAUUAUCCUAUGGGGGUGGCAGUGAGUGAUAGGGACGAAAUACUGGUAGCUGACAUUUGCAACCAUCGGGUUCAAGUGUUUGACAGUGAUGGUACUUUCUUAAGAUCCUUUGGUCAUAAAGGAGAAAAUGCUGGAGAGUUUAAGAAUCCUACAGGAAUUGCCAUUAAUAAGGAUAGAAAUAUUCUCGUGUCAGAGUGUUAUAACCACAGAGUACAGAUCUUAAGUUGGGAGGGGAGGCACCUGGGUUCAUUUGGCGGCAAAGGAUGCCUUGAUAGUCAGCUCUCUUACCCUUGGGGUUUAUCCUUAGAUAGUACUGGUAAUGUUAUUGUUGCUGAUACAGGUAACAAACUGAUUAAGAUCUUUACCCCGGAUGGAAAGUUUAUAAUGAAGAUAGGUGGACAGGGUUCUUUGAGUUAUCCUGUUCACUGUGUUCAGUGGGGUGAAUAUUUCGUAGUGUCAGACUCUAAUGAACACUGUAUCAAAGUAUUUAACAGGGAGGGGCAUUUUCAGUACAAGUUUGGUAAGACGGGGGAAGGAAACGGGGAGUUUAAUUAUCCACGUUUUCUGUCAGUGACUCAGUCAAAGAACCUGUUGGUUUGUGAUCAGAAUAAUCAUAGAAUACAAGUCUUUGAACUAGAUGGGAAGUUUGUGGGAAAAUUCGGUACAAAAGGCAGCAACUUAGGAGAAUUUAAUUAUCCAUUCUCAGUAGCUGUUCUAAGUAAUGACCAAAUUGUGGUGUCUGAUCGCAACAAUAAUCGAAUUCAAAUAUUUGAAUGA